AUGGUUGAUGAUGAUAGAAAAAAAAGAGCAGAAGUGGCAUUUAGAGAAAGACUUGAUGACCUUUGUAGUGAAGUAGAUAAAGAUUACCAAGGAAUACUUAAAUUUGAUGGCUCUCUAGAGGAGAUUCUUGAAAAAAUCAAAAAUUACGAUGAUAACCACGAAAUAAAACAGCAGAUGGUAUUCUCGGAUAGUUAUCGCGGACUUACACUUAUUAAGUUUGGCUUAUUAAAAAUCAAAGAUAGCACUUGCAAUAAAUGCAGAAAUCAACUAACAAAAAAUAGCUUAGGAUGCUAUAAGGAAAUUCCUAACCAAACUUAUUUCCAAAAUAAAUCUAAAAAAGAUAAUAAAAAAUUCUGUUCUAAACAGUGCUACACUGAUUAUUACGGAGAAUAUUGUUAUGAAUGCAUGAAUAAAUUCCUAAUGGAAAAUCUUUAUGCUCCAAUUAAAGGAAACUCUCUAGAAUUAACUGAUUUUAAUAAUAAAACUCCGCCUUUUGCUAUUUGUGAUUUUUGUUUUGAAAAAGAUUUAGAGCAAGCAAAAAUGAACUCGAACGAGAACAGAACAGAACCGCAACCAACUAUAAACCAAAUAAAAUCUCUCUUCGCUCAACUUUUAACCCAAAUUCAAGCCACUCAUAGCCCUAAUUCUCCGCUUUAUCAAAAAGCUUUAAAAGAACAAAAAGAAGCCUUAACUAUACUAGAAAAUGCUUCAGAAAGUAAACAGGAAAAAUAUUUAAGUUUAAUUAGGCAAAUUGAGCCUUUAUUAACUAAACCUAAUCUCUCGCUUGAAGAACAAACUAAAUUAAACCAAACUGGACAAAAAAUGGAUGAGAUGAUGGAGAAGUUGAGGGUGAAGAAGGUUAAAGUGGAGCAAAGGAAGAAUAAUCAUAAAAACCAAGUCAAAGAACUAGAUAUUGAAAAGAAAAAUCUCUCGGGAAUCCUCGAUCUCUCUGAUUUUACUAGUUUAAAAGGAUUAUAUUGUUCUUACAAUAAGUUAACUUCUCUAAAUGUUAGUAACUGCUCGUAUUUAACCGAACUUUAUUGCGAUGAUAAUUUAUUAACUAAUCUCACUUUGCCUAAUAAUCUUACUAAUUUAAAAAGGUUGAAAUUAAGCAAUAAUAACUUUCCUUCCCAAGAUUUAUCUUUUUUGGCGGGGGCGAUUAAUCUAGAAGAACUUGAACUAGGAAAUAAUAACAAGGAAAAAAUCAACCAAGGUAUUUACAAUAAGUUUACCGAUUCUUUGAAUUAUUUAAGUGAAAUGAAACAAUUAAAAGAACUUGUUAUUAGCAACACUGAUCUAAACGAAGUGGAUAUAACUAAAUUACCGAAUAGUUUAAGAAAAAUUGAUUAUUUCGCUAGAGAAAGACCAAGCUUUGGAGAAUCUACUAAUACUAGGUUGUUUAUGAGUGGCGUUUUAGGAUGUUAUGGUCUCUCCCAAGACACCGUAACUAAGAAUUAUGUGAUGGUGAUGAAAUAUAUGGAAAAUGGCAACCUAAGACAAUGUUUACAAAACAAAACUAGCGGACUGUUAAGUUUUAGGGAUAAACUCAACAAAUUAUUAAAUAUUACUAUUGGGUUAGGUAACAUCCAUCAACAAAACUUAGUCCAUCGCGACUUACAUAGCGGAAAUUUAUUAAGUUCUAGCUUUUCAGAUAUUUAUAUCACUGAUUUAGGCUUAUCUCAACCUAUUAACUAUCAAAAAAAGGAAAGUGAAAUUUUUGGAGUGCUUCCUUACCUUGAUUCUGAAGUUUUGCAGAAAAAACCUUAUGCUAAAUCUAUGGCUUAUGAACUAUUUACUAAUUCUUAUCCUUAUCCGGAGUCAAAUGAUUUGGACUUGGCUUUAAGGGUUUGUCGAGGAAAGAGACCUAAUAUGAGCAAGUUAAAAAUACCUCAAGAACUCAAAGAUAUUGAUCCCAUAAAAAGACCGACAGCCGGAGAAUUACAAAAGAUCAUUAUGGACUGGAUAACAGAAAUUGAACUCAAAGAAAAUACCCUAUUCUCUAAACAAUAUCGAGAAAUAGAAGCUGAAUAUAACUAUUUUUCUCAAACCGCUCCUUAUAGGAUGCAUCCUACUGCUGUUCUAAAUAGUAAACUAAUAGAUACUAAAAAAAUAACUCAGAAGUUGCAAACUGAGCAAUACUCUCAAGCAAUAGAUUUUACCGAGUUUAACCUAGAAGAUGAAUUUGAAGAAAACCAACAACCAGAAGAAAAAACUUUCGCUGACUGA